AUGUACGCCGCCAUCAAAGCUAUCAAUACAAAAAUCCGCUCUAAUAAGGCUCUUGACUAUUUCUGUUCUACGCAUUUCUGGGGCCCUGCCUCCAAUUUUGGCAUACCGAUUGCCGCUGUUGCGGAUAUCCAGAAGGACCCUGAAAUGACGAAUGACGGGCGCCUUCAUGCUCACCUCGGCCUUGUUGAUGAGAUAUUCCCUUGCAGUGAGGCCCAAGAACUAUUUGUUAUUCGCAAUGCACACAGUCAAUCUUGGUGCUCAGUCGAUCCAGGCGAUGCGAUUCGUAAAUUAUUGGUACUUGCAUUGUGGCACGGUCCCGGAAAAUUUCAGACGCAAGACCGGAGGGACCGGCAAUAA